GUCACUCCGGUACUCGCGAAAUGUUGAAAUCCAAGGUGUUUCUGUAACAGAGGUGAACCAUGGCAGGGCUGCAUGCAUCAGAAGCUGUGUCGGGACCCUUUUGGAGCCCCCUUCGCCGGACGCGACGUCCCAAUCACAAGCCGCUGCUGCAGCUCUCGAUGUCUCGGUGUUGAACCUCAAUGACGCCGCAGCCGUAUUGACCCCAACGGGGACACGGGCAUAUCUGGACGUGUCACCGGUUACUGUGAUACCUGGUGGAUUCCCGGGGCUUGGGGCCGAGAGAGUGUAUACUAACGGGAGGUGUGAAGAACAAGGGAGCCCCAGAAUCGGCAGUCGGAGCCGUGACAGCUCUUCAGAGAGAAGCCUCGGCGGGGGCACCACGCCAUGCGGCAUCAUGAAGGAUGGUUCAAAGCAGAGGCAGUCACGGAAGAAGACAGUGUCAUUCAGCUCGAUGCCGAGCGACCGCAAGAUGAACAGCACAGCAGCCUGCAUGGCCUUCAUGAUGGAGGGCUGUGAGAUGAAGAAGGUGCGCUCCAACUCGCGCAUGUACAACCGUUACUUCGUGCUGGAUGCCGACAUGUGUUGGCUGCGCUGGGAGCCCUCCAAGAAGGACUCGGAGAAGGCCAAGCUGGAGAUCAAGAGCAUCAAGGAGGUGCGCCUGGGCAAGAAGACCCCUGUGCUGCGCAGCAACGGUCUGUCGGACCAGUUCCCGGACGAGUGCGCCUUCUCCAUCAUCUACGGAGAGAACUACGAGUCGCUGGACCUGGUGGCCAGCACGCCAGACGUGGUCAACACUUGGGUGAUGGGGCUGCGCUACCUCGUCUCCUACGGAAGGCACGCGGUGGGCGCUGUAGAGCCGGGCGAGCCCAGCCUGCGCACGUCCUGGAUCGGUUCCGUGUUCGAGUUGGCCGACGUAGAGAAGCAGGGCCACAUCGACCUGCUCCGGGCCACCCAGAUCAUCAAGGGCCUGAACCCCGGCAUGAAAGAGUCGCGGAUCGAGCUCAAGUUCAAGGAGCUGCAGAAAGCCAAAGACGAGUACGGCGAAGACAUCAACGCCGACACGUUCGUGGAGGCCUACUGUGAGCUCUGCACCCGGCCCGAGGUGUUUUUCCUCAUGAUGCAGUUCUCCAGCAACAAGGAGCACCUGGACAGCAAGGACCUGAUGCUGUUCGUGGAAGUCGAGCAAGGCGUGGAAGGGGUGUCCGAGGAGAUGUGCCACCACAUCGUGCAGAAGUUUGAGCCGUCGGCCGAAGGCCGGGAGCGGGGCUGCCUGUCCAUCGACGGCUUCACACACUACCUCCUGUCGCCCGAGUGCCAUAUCUUCGACCCGCAGCAUAAGCGCGUGUGCCAGGACAUGACCCAGCCGCUGUCGCACUACUACAUCAACUCCUCACACAACGCCUCUCUCCUGGAGGACCACCACUGGGGCUCGUCUGACAUCUCCAGUUACAUACGGGCCCUGCGCAUGGGCUGCCGCAGCCUGGAGGUGGUGGUCUGGGACGGGCCCGACUGCGAGCCCGUGGUCUACGUGGGAAGCUCGGUGGCCUCACAGCUUGCCUUUGGUAAGGUGCUAGACAUCCUCAACCAGUACGCCUUCGAGAGCUCCGAGUACCCGCUGAUCCUGUGCUUGGUCAUCCACUGCUGUGUGCCACAGCAGCGGGUCAUGGCGCAGCACAUGAAGAAGAUUCUGGGCGACAAGCUUUACGUGGAGCCGCCAAACCCAGAGGAGCAUUACUUGCCUUCCCCCGAGAAGCUAAAGGGCAAAGUCCUUAUCAAGGGCAAACGUCUUCCUCCCAACUAUCCCGAAUCAGAGGGGGAGGUGACGGACGAGGAGGAGGGGCUCGAGAUGUCCAGGCGGUUGGUCGGGGCCGAGGAGAAAGACAACCUCAACGGGGUUGGGUGCAAACGUCUGCGUCUGUGCAAGGAGCUCUCAGACCUGGUCUCUCUCUGCAAGUCGGUGCAAUUCAGGGAUUUUGAGACCUCCAAAAGGGAACAGAGGUACUGGGAGAUGUGCUCGUUCAACGAGGUGGACGCCAACCGCUUCGCCAACGAGUUUCCAGAGGACUUUGUGGGCUACAACAAGCGAUUCCUGUCACGAGUCUACCCCACACCGAUGCGCAUUGAUGCCAGCAACAUGAACCCCCAGGACUUCUGGAAGUGUGGCUGCCAGAUUGUGGCCAUGAACUACCAAACCCCUGGUCUGAUGAUGGACCUUAACCUCGGCUGGUUCCGUCAGAAUGGCAACUGCGGCUACGUGCUGCGGCCGUCCAUAAUGAGGGAAGAGGUGUCGUACUUCAGUGCCAACGCGCGGGACUCAUUGCCUGGCGUGUCAGCGCAGCUCUUGCACAUCAAGGUGAUCAGCGGCCAGAACUUGCCAAAGCCACGGGGUUCGGCCGCUAAGGGGGACGUGGUGGAGCCCUACAUUUACGUUGAGAUCCACGGCAUCCCGGCCGACUGUGCCGAGCAGCGCACCAAGACAGUCUCGCAGACUGGCGACAACCCCAUCUUUGAUGAGAGCUUUGAGUUCCAGAUCAACCUGCCGGAGCUAGCCGCGCUCCGGUUCGUGGUACUGGACGAUGACUACAUCGGGGAUGAGUUCAUUGGUCAGUACACCAUCCCGUUCGAGUGCCUGCAGCCGGGCUACCGCCACGUCCCUCUGCAGUCCCUCACCGGGGAGUUCUUGCCCAACACCACGCUGUUUGUGCACGUGGCCAUCACCAACCGCCGCGGUGGAGGCAAAGCGCACAAGAGGGGCCUGUCCGUGCGCAAGGGACGCAAGACUCGCGAGUACACCUCCACCAAGACCACGGGCAUCAAAGUGGUGGACGAGCUGUUCCGGGCAUCCACGCAGCCACUCAGGGAAGCCACUGACCUCAGAGAGAAUGUGCAGAACGCCAUGGUGUCCUUUAAGGAGCUGUGCGGUCUGGCUCCUGCUGCCAACAUGAAGCAGUGUAUCCUGACCGUGUCGUCGUGGCUGCUGAACAGCGAGCGAUCGCUGCGCGUCACCGUGGACCUGAGUGAGGCCUACCCCGCCAUGGAGGCCCAGGGGCCCGUACCAGAGCUGCUGCGCAAGGUCCUCAACGCCUACGACACGAUGAUCCAGACCAGUCGCACACUAAUCGAGUCCGCAGACGGAGUCUACGCCAAGCUAACACAAGCACAACGUGCAGUUAUACAGCCCUCUCUCUUUCUCUCUCUCCCUCUCCAUCUCCCUCAGGGUCAGGCUGACCUGCUGAAGCAUGCCAAGAGUGAGGCAGUGGACACGCUGAGACAGAUCCACUGCGCGGCCCAGUCCUGCGGCCUGGUGAAGAAUGGAGCGGCGUCCGCAGCCACACCAGCCACACCACCUGCCGCCGGCGCCGCCUCCUCACCAGCCUCUCCGCUGCCCUCUCCGCUGCCCCCUCCUCCACCAUCGCCCCACAUCCUGCACCUGCCGCGCCUCGCCUCUCUGCACACCAUCCCCGAGAGCGAGACCCCGAAUUACGACCACUCCCCAGCAUACUGAACUACACCACACACACACACAUAGAUACAUUCUCUCUCUCUCUCUCUCUCUCACACACACACACACACACACAGAUAUACAGUAUGCAGACACACAUACAUACAGUAUAUGCACACACAGAUGUAC